AUGCCCCGCUCGAUGUCGCCGGAGGAAUUUCAAGAGCUCGGGCGCCGCUACUAUAAGCUCAAGCAAUUCGACAAGGCGCUCGAGACCUUGAACAGCGCCAUUGACGCGUCUCCCACGCUCGGCCUGCAUGACCACCGUGCCGCGUGCCAUGACAAGCUCGGGGACUACAAUGCCGCGGUCAAGGAUGGACGUGCCAUGAUCAAGCUCAACAAGCAAGAUGUGAGAGGCUACCUGCGCACGGCCAGUGUGCUGGAGAAGAUGGAGAAGCCGGAGACAGCGCUUGGGAUAUACAAAUACGGCAUGAAGAAUGUACCCGUCGACGAUAAGAACUUCAAGCUGCUGCAACAACUCCACGACAAGGUCACCCGCAAGCUCUCGCCCGCCCACGCCGUCGAUCCGUUCAGUAUCCUCCCAGUCGAGAUUGCCGAGAUGGUCCUCGAGUAUCUCGCAUUUAACAACAUGAUCAGUUGCAUGUGCGUGAGUCGAGGCUGGAGAGACUAUCUUGCAAAGCUCCCUCGACUAUGGCUGCAUUUGGAUAUGUCGAGCGCGAGAAAACCCGUGCCUCGCAGCUUCGUCGACAAAGCCGUCCGCCGCUCGCAAAAUCGCCUCGUCCGCCUCACCUUGCAUCGAUUCCAGCACAUGGAUGUUGUGCAGAACAUAGUACGAGUUUGUACAAGUCUUGAGGACCUCGAGAUACUCACACUGCCUAUGCAAACCGCAGGCGACUCGCUCAUAGGCAUUGUGCAAUCUGCUGCCCCAUGCCUCAAGAGGCUUGUUGUGCAUUCAGAUGUCACCACAAGCACAGCUACGCAGAUUCUGCGCUAUGGCUCCAAGCUCGAGCACGUCGAGUACCGCGCCCUGCAGACAUAUAGGUAUCAGGCAGAUUGGACGGGCCCGUUCCCAAACCUCAAAUACUUGCGCCUCAAUACCCCAAUGCGACCCACGUUGUCUCAGCUUGACACCAACCAGCUUCUCACGCUGACUCCAGCGCUACAAACCUUGAUCUUGACAGACAUGGCUCAAUCGAGAGACCAUCUUCCUCUUCAGUCUCUUCCUCUGAAGACGCUGGUCAUCAAACGCGUGACCUUUACUACCUCUUGGCCCGUCUUGCCUUCUACCUUGGAGCAUCUCGACAUAGCUGCUGCAUCACAGACAGAUGUUGAGUGGAACCACGAUGGCGCAAUACACAGCUCGCUGCCUAAUCUAACGCACCUCACCCUAGCCGGCUUCUCCAACUUUACCCGCGACUUCUUCUCGAAGCUGCUGGACUUCUGCGCACCCAAAGACGAGCUCGGGGUCCCUCAGACCCCCAAACCCGUGACCGGCACACCACUACAGCACUUGUCAAUCUCCGGCACUCUCAGCCACGACGCCCGAGGCCUUUUCCGCGCGCCCGACAACAUCCUCUCCACCUCUCCCCGCAUCCUCACACCAUCUCUGUCCUCCCUCACCCUGCACGAUCUUCCCAUCAACGACGACGAAGUCGAAGCCUUGCUCGCUCACCCAACGGGUCUGCAGAGCAUAAAUUUCAGCGGAUCAAAGGUAACUGGGGCCAGCAUCAAGAUGCUGACGGAUGGUCUGCGAACAUUGAAGUCUGUCAGGAUGGAUAACUGUGCAGCGAUCGUGGGGCGCGAUGCGAUUGAGUACGCCAGGGCGAGGGGCGUGGCUGUCCGGUGUGCGAUGGGGGAGGUGGGUGUGGGGAAAGGGAGGAAAGUCAGGGAUGGACGAUGA